CGACUUGUGCGCAGCGUGGAGUGGGUGUGUCGGCAGAGCACAGAAGAAAGGUUGUAGUUCUGGGGGCUCCUAAAGAAUUUUUACAUUAAAACAAGCACUCUGGAAUUGCUUCAAACAAAUCCCGUCUCCCCUGCAAUGUGCUUUGCUCAAGAGACCACUUUAAACUGAAGCACUUUCUCCAUGAGUUCCACAAGAGUUCUUCAUCUCCUGAGUCCCCCAAUGCCGGGUCCAGUUAUGCCCGUGGACGUGGCUGUGCAGCUGUACAUCACCCAUUCACCCCCACUUCGCAGCUUCCUGAGCUCUUAUGAAGACUACAGGAAACGCAACAUGGUCAACACCUGCUACAAACCCCUGCGGCCCUGCUUGAGCUCCAGAGCCCACCUGGAGCCCCCUCGUCUGGGAUGGCAGACCCCAAAAUCUAAGGCUAAGAAGAAGGUCGUGUUUGCUGACUCAAAGGGUAUGUCAUUAACGGCGGUGCAUGUCUUCUCAACUUUUGAUAACAGAGAACCAGCUCCAUCCGAACUGCAGUUUGACCUGGAAGACCUAGAGGACAUCACAGCCACUCUCCAUAUCAACUCAGUCCAGAGCAGAAUUCUAGACUUUCCGCAACCAGCGGCAGACUAUCUAGAUUUCCGUAGCCGGUUGCUAAAAAACUUAGUUUGUUUGGAGAACUGCACCCUUCAGGAGCGGGCCCUCACUGGUACCAUCAAAGUACGCAACCUGGCCUACGAGAAGAUGGUUCACGUGCGAAUCACUUUUGAUACUUGGAAGAGCUUCCAGGAUGUGGAAUGCACGUUUAUGAAUAACGUCUAUGGUUGUCAGGAUACAGACACAUUCUCAUUUGCCAUUGAACUGCCUGGGUAUGUGCCUCCUCAGAAUAAGGUCGAAUUUUGCAUUAGCUACAGAACUGGAGAGCAGACCUACUGGGACAACAACGACGGUAGAAACUAUGGACUGGUUUCAACGUCUUGGCAAGAAAACAACACAUGGAAUUCGACAAACCAAGGAAAGAAAUCGAAUGAAUCUAAGAAGUUAGGCAGGAAAACACAAGACAAGGAAGUUUAUAAUUGUAAAAAUCCGCUCCAAUCCAAUGGCGUUUUUCCAAACUGGCAGAGUUGGGGACGCAUUACAACCAGUGUCCCCUAUUGGUGACUAGAGCGCACAUAAUUAACUAUCCAAAUGUGUUGAAAGGUUUUAACGACAAUAUUUCUCUCUGUAUGACAACAGAAGAAGAUUAACAAUCUCUUAAAAGCUCUUAAUAUGAUUUACCUGCUGAUUACUUUACAGUAGACCUAGAUCAGCUGUCUAUUGCCAGAUUAAUGAGGGAACAGAGGCUGGUUGAAAUGGUCACAGAGUGAACUUUGUUUCUUCAGAUGGAACAUGUUGCUGCAGUGCAAUACAGCAUGUUUCAUUCUUUUGUUAAGUAAAUAUGUGUGAUGACCCCUUUCCUGAAGAGCUAGACAUGUAAACAAGACCACUAAGGGGUCUGGAGUAAACACUUUGUUAUAUCUUUAUCGGUUCGUUGUAAAAAAUGUGCCUUUGUCUUAGGUGUGCUAAGAGAAUUUCUUUGUUAAACUGCUGCCAUUGUGUGCCACAUCAACAGACUGUGCACUAUAAAAAAUGAUACCAAGUGAAAAUCAAAUCAAGAGAAUAUAUCUAAAGCCUGUGUCUCGCUAGCCAAUUUUCAGCCGAUUAUUUCCAGUUGAAGAUUCUGUUAUGGAAGAGAUGAACAGUUGGUAUGCAACCAGUGAGAUUGUCCUUCAUAUUGAAGGGGUAGCCUUUGCUGGUUACAAACUUAAAGAGGGAAAAUAGAAAUUUGAAUAUUUAUCAUAUUUAAUAGUACUCCAUGAAUAAACCAGCUUUGUAAUUAAUUUGGUUUUGAUCAUUUUGCUUAUCAAGCUUUUUAUCUGCAAAAUGCACAUGCAGGUGUCUCUUUUUUCAUGUUUGUGUUGGAUAUGUGAAAUUUUAUGUGCUUAAUUUAAUGCAACUGAAUGCAAUAAGUUAAACAAAUGGCCUGAUAAUGGUUUCUGUGCCUUCGGAUCUGCUCAUUGUAUGUUUUCCAUUUAUGUUUUAAGUGCAAUCCAGUGAAUAUGAGUGGAAUUGGUUGUGAUGUUAUGUUUGAAUCAGGUGUGAAGAUAAGAAUGGCUGUAUUUUAUUGAAGAAAGAAUGGAUGUCUCUGUAAAUGAGUAUGUAUUUGGUGUGAUUUUUCUAAAAUAAAAAAUUAAAUGUCA